AUGUGCAGUCAGUCAGUGCCAUGGUCUCCUGACUGGGAUUGGCGGGAGUGGGCGAUGGGACAGACAGAGGCGGGGAGAGGGGGCUUGAAGGCGGAGCGCUACAAUGUGUCGCUCGGUCAGACCGUGCUGAAGUAGGACGCAUGAGACUUGCGGAUCGCCGGAGCAAAGGGAAAUAGAGGUAAGAGCUACAAAUUGAUGCAAGUUGUUAAAACGAAUAUAUCUACAUAUUAAAUAAUUGCAAAAACACAGAAUAAGUGUAUUUGUAAUCAUGUGCGCUUAUUUUGAUGAAUUGUAAUAUUUGACUUCAUCCAAGGUCAAGGGAGUAGUAGGUAGGCUACAGAGUUGUGGAGGUGUUUUGUCAUGGUGGUGUGCGAUAUGAAUCACUUAUCAGUUAUUUGAAAUAUGCUUAUACUGAAUGUAUCCAUCAUCAGUACUGGAAGUUAUAGCCUACCUCUACAACUUUUAUCAAAUCAUGCAAACUCUCCAAGUUCAAUAAAAGCAUGGUCAAUGCAAGCAGUUGUGACCUGUCAACUUUCUAUAAACUAAUCUUUUGUAUUUUCCUUGCAAUUCACGACAUGAUUGGGUCUUAUGGAAUGUAGUUAUUGGACAGGUAUUUUAAUAAUUUCAUUUAUUCAGAAUGGUACUUUAUGUGAAGAUUGUUCUAAACUGACUUGAGGUUGUCUAUUGGUUGUCUGUUUUUACUGGAGAGGGGCAAUCUGCACUCCAGGGGGUGGGGUUAUAGCUGGGGGCCAUGACAAUACAAUGGAGAGGGGCUGGCCAACAUAAAUAAAACGAGAGAAAAGCGAAAGGAAAGAAAAAUAAGUGUAUUGUGCUUAGAAAAAGAGCGAGAGGGGAGGGGAUUAGAGGCAGGGGGAGAAAUUAUAUUCAUGUUUUUUUUGUUUUUUUACAUAGCGCUUGAAAACAAACAAACUGUGUUUAGUAGGAAUGAGAGGAAGGAUAAGGAGAUAUGGGGCUCUCCCCUUUCAUGGUGGAGUUGUUCCCAAGUCCCUAUGCUUUGGGGGAGGGGGUCAGUGAGGGCUGGGGAGGGGGGAGAAAUGAAAUGGGGUUGAGGAGGGGGGUGUAAUAGCUCCCAGAUGUGUGCUGUGAAAACAUAUGGUUUCCGAUAGCCACUGUGAUGCACAAGAGGAAUGUCUGAACACACACACACACACACACACACUUUGGUGACAUAUACCUUCAUACAUACAUGUAAACUCACACAUUACAGCCAAGCAUAUGCACAUGUAGGCCACACACCACACCUCAUAGUAUGAAACAUCACAUGUGAUGACACUCACACAUACACACACUGAUGAUCACACGAUAACACACUCAGUGCACAAAAACUCACAUAGGCUGAACUGUGAUUGUGUGCAGUACAGUUAAGCAGAAGCGGAGGAGUAUUUGCUCAUUCUACAAGAAAAGUGCUCUCUGCUUAUUAGAGAGAGAGAGAGAGAGAGAGAGAGAGAGAGAUAGGUGAGAGGGGGAGUGGUUCAGGGAUAUGACAGAGGGUGACAGAGGGAAAAUGAGAGACGUGGAGAGAGGGAUAUGAAAGAUGGGGGAGGGUGGGGUGGAGGGGCUCAGUGGUUCUUUUCCUGGAAUUUAGCCCCUGGUCUGUCUGCUUUAGAGCGUUUCGCAGUGGAACAGAGAAAAUUAGAAAAACAGAGGGAUUGUUAAGAAAGACAGACGUGCCACAUUCUUGCUGUCAAAGUUUUCAUUUUUCCCCUUGACUGUUUGGGGCCAGGGGAGGGCAGAAUGGAGAAGAGAGUGGAGGAGGAGGAGGAGGAGGAGGAGAGGUGAGUCCAGGGUAAAAGAGAACGGGAAGAGGUGAGGCUAGAAUGCAAGACAGGAGAGAUGGAAGGGAAAAUACAAGAGGCCCAUGGGUAAAAGAAUGUCACAGUUGGGAUUCUGAAAAGUGACAUAGAAAUACAUCUAUGACACGUAAACACUAGAUCUCUCUAUAUCACUUGGAAUCAGUAACCCCUUUGAAAAUGUAUAAGGUAUUCUCUCUCCUCCUCAAGGUCAGUCUACCUCCACACAGAGAGCGACCAUGAGAGUCCUCCUACUGCUCUCCAUGCCAGGUGAGUCUAGCACACUCACACUGAACACUAUAUAAUAUACACAACUCUACUGUAGUGUACACACAACAAUAGACCAACCCAAUACACAUUCUAUACAAUACUGUUUUUCACAUUGUGCUUAACAACACCACAAAACACUUGUCCAGCACCUUUGCCUAAACAUUUAGCUAACUUUGCCUCAACAGUCCUUCUGCUAGCCCAGCCCCCCCUCUACCAAGAACACUUUCCUUUCCUGGGUGAGUUCAUCCAUGUCAUCAUUACACUGUCUGUCCACGUGUGCAAACAUACCGUGACUCAGUACGGUCUCUCCACAUCUAGUCAUUAUUUCACGUGUCUUUUGUCUACCCACCCAGAGGGUAUACCAUGUCAAAUGUUCAAUUUUACCAGGUAGAUGGAAACACUUCAUGUCCUGUGUAUGGCAUGGAGAGCAGUAGGAAGACUCUCAUGGUCGCUCUCUGUGUGGAGGUAGACUGACACUGAGGAGGAGAGAGAAGACCUUAUACAUUUCCAAUUACAUUUUACAUUUUAGUCAUAUAGCAGACGCUCUUAUCCAGAGUGACUUACAGUUAGUGAGUGCAUACAUUUAUUUUAUUUUUCAUACUGGCCCCCCGUGGGAAUCGAACCCACAACCCUACCAACUACCAACUGAGCUACAUCCCUGCCGGCCAUUCCCUCCCCUGGACGACGCAGGGCCAAUUGUGUGCCGCCCCAUGGGUCUCCCGGUCGCGGCCGGCUACAAUUGGCUCAUUCAUCCGCCCUCUCUCCCCUGUAACUAUUCCCCAGGUCAUUGCUGUACAUGAGAAUGUGUUCUCAGUCAAUUUACCUGGUAAAAUAAAUGUUUAAAUUAAUAAAAUUAAAAUAAAUAAAAAAUAUAUAAAAGUAUGUGGACACCCCUUCAAAUUAGUGGAUUUGGCUAUUUCAGCCACAACCGUUGCUGACAGGUGUAUAACAUCGAACACAGAGCCAUGCAAUCUCCAUAGACAAACAUUGGCAGUAGAAUGGCCUUACUGAAGAGCUCAGUGACUUUCAACGUGGCAUCGUCAUAGGAUGCCACCUUUCCAACAAGUCAGUUCGUAAAAUGUCUGCCCUGCUAGAGCUGCCCCGGUCAACUGUAAGUGCUGUUAUUGUGAAGUGGAAACCUCUAGGAGCAAAAACGUCUCAGCCGCGACGUGGUAGGCCACACAAGCUCACAGAACGGGACCACCGAUGACUGAAACGUGUUGCGCGUAAAAAUUGUCUGUCCUUGGUUGCAGCACUCACUACCGAGUUCCAAACUGCCUCUGGAAGCAACAUCAGCACAAGAACUGUUCGUUGGGAGCUUCAUGAAAUGGGUUUCCAUGGCCAAGCAGCCGCACACAAGCCUAAGAUCACCAUGUGCAAUGCCAAGCGUCGGCUGGAGUGGUGUAAAUCUCGCCGCCAUUGGACUCUGGAGCAGUGGAAACGUGUUCUCUGGAGUGAUGAAUCACGCUUCACCAUCUGGUAGUCCGACGGACAAAUCUGUGUUUGGUGGAUGUUCAAGAGAACGCUACCUGCCCCAAUGCAUAGUACCAAUUGUAAAGUUUGGUGGAGGAGGACUAAUGUUCUGGGGCUAUUUUUCAUGGUUUGGGCUAGGACCCUUAGUUCCAGUGAAGGGAAAUCUUAAUGCUACAGCAUAAAAUGACAUUCUAGAAGAUUCUGUGCUUCCAACUUUUUGGCAACAGUUUGGGGAAGGCAAUUUCCUGUUGAAGCAUGCCCCCAUGCACAAAGCGAGGCCCAUACAAAAAUGGUUUGUCGAGAUCGGUGUGGAAGAACUUGACUGGCCUGCACAGAGCCCUGACCUCAACCCCAUCUAACACCUUUGGGAUGAAUUGGAACGCGUACUAAUCGCCAGGCCUAAUCGCCCAACAUCAGUGCCCGACCUCACUAAUGCUCUUGUGGCUGAAUGGAAGCAUGUCCCCGCAGAAAUGUUCCAACAUCUAGUGGAAAGCCUUCCCAGAAGAGUGGAUGCUGUUAUAGCAGCAAAGGGGGGACCAACUCCAUGUUACUGCCCAAGAUGUUUGACGUGCAGGUAUCCACGUUCUUUUGGUCAUGUAGUGUAAAUAAUGUAAUUUGUAAAUUCUUCAGUGACCACUUACUAUCUCAUCAUUUGCUAACAUCUUGAAUAUGAAGUCAUGCAAAAAGACAAUCUCCUGUACGUUUCCUCUCAAUUUUGAAAGCAGGUGGUCGAUGUUAUACCCUUGCAACAUUUGCAACGUUUUAUGUGAAAACCCCACUGUGCUUGAGUAGAUCUCUGUUAGUCAUCUGUCACACAUAUAGGUUUGCUUGCCUGUCUGUAUCUCUGUCUGUCUGUCUGUCUGCUGUAAGUUUCUCACAAUAUGUUACCAGUCAAUGUAACAAAAGCAUGUCUCAUACUGUACCUUUGUUCAUUUGGCUUCACAGAGGACUAUGACCCUGAUUAUUUUCCAGGUAAGAUACUUGUGUGAUCUUGUUACCUAUAUUACUAUUACUAGUUUAAUAAUUCAACCAUUUAAAAAAACAAGCACACAUAAAACUUGAAAAAGCCAUACAUGCACAUGAGUAAAAUCAUCGAGGCUAACACACAAUAAAGUCUGGGACUUACAGUGGCUUGCGAAAGAAUUCACCCCCCUUGGCAUUUUUCCUAUUUUGUUGCCUUACAACCUGGAAAUAAAAUUGGAUUUUUGGGGGGGUUUGUAUCAUUUGAUUUACAUUUACAUCAUUUAGCAGACGCUCUUAUCCAGAGCGACUUACAAAUUGGUGCAUUCAACUUAUGAUAGCCAGUGGGACAACCACUUUAAAAAAAAAUAUAUAUAUGGGUGGGUGGGGGAGGGAGGGAUUUACACAACAUGCCAACCACUUUGAAGAUGCAAAAUAUUUUUUAUUGCGAAACAAACAAGAAAUAUAACAACAGAAAAAACGCAAACUUGAGCGUGCAUAACUAUUCACCCCCCCCCAAAGUCAAUACCUUGUAGAGCCACCUUUUGCAGCAUUCCACAAGGCAAAACUGCUCCAGCUCCUUCAAGUUAGAUGGGUUCCGCUGGUGUACAGCAAUCUUUAAGUCAUACCACAGAUUCUCAAUUGGAUUUAGGUCUGGGCUUUGACUAGGCCAUUCCAAGACAUUUAAAUGUUUCCCCUUAAACCACUCGAGUGUUGCUUUAGCAGUAUGCUUAGGGUCAUUGUCCUGCUGGAAGGUAAACCUCCGUCCCAGUCUCAAAUCUCUGGAGGACAGAAACAGGUUUCCCUCAAGAAUUUCCCUGUAUUUAGAACCAUCCAUCGUUCCUUCAAUUCUGACCAGUUUCCCAGUCCCUGCCGAUGAAAAACAUCCCCACAGCAUGAUGCUGCCACCACCAUGCUUCACUGUGGGGAUGGUGUUCUCGGGGUGAUGAGAGGUGUUGGGUUUGCGCCAGACAUAGCGUUUUCCUUGAUGGCAAAAAGUUCAAUUUUAGUCUCAUCUGACCAGUGUACCUUCUUCCAUAUGUUUGGGGAGUCUCCCACAUGCCUUUUGUCGAACACCAAACGUGUUUGCUAUUUUUUUCUUUAAGCGAUGGCUUUUUUCUGGCCACUCUUCCGUAAAGCCCAGCUCUGUGGAGUGUACGGCUUAAAGUGGUCCAAUGGACAGAUACUCCAAUUUCCGCUGUGGAGCUUUGCAGCUCCUUCAGGGUUAUCUUUGGUCUCUUUGUUGCCUCUCUGAUUAAUGCCCUCCUUGCCUGGUCCGUGAGUUUUGGUGUGCGGCCCUCUCUUGGCAGUUUGUUGUGGCGCCAUAUUCUUUUAAAAAAUGUAUAAUGGAUUUAAUGGUGCUCCGUGGGGAUGUUCAAAGUUUCAGAUAUUUUUGUAUAACCCAACCCUGAUCUGUACUUCUCCACAACUUUGUCCCCUGAACCUGUUUUGGAGAGCUCCUUGGUCUUCAUGGUGCCGCUUGCUUGGUGGUGCCCCUUGCUUAGUGGUGUUGCAGACUCUGUGGCCUUCAGAACAGGUGUAUAUAUUUACUGAGAUCAUGUGACAGAUCAUGAUGACCGAGUCUGGCCAUCAAUAUGCACACCCUGGAUGAUUACUAAUCUCCACUGCAGAACACCAGACAGUACUAAGGUCCGCUCAGGAUCGCCAUGCACCGUGCAAUGUGAGGAGGAGGAAGAGGAGGGGGAAGUGGGGGGAGGGGGGGGGGGGGGGGGGGGGGGUGGCUAGAGGCCCAUGCAACCACAUCUUCAGAUCAUGGCUGGUUUAGGCAAAGGCUUAGGAUAUGUUGAGAUCAGGAGUUCCAUACUGCCUGGGCUCUGAGCUGUUUUGCAAUGUUUCAAAAUCUGUUGGGCUUCAAGGCCAUGCUCACUGUCUUGUCUGGAUAUUACUCAAGUCGUCUUCAACAAUGAACUUUUACAAUGAAGACAAGUAUCCAUCUAGUGCAUAGGAUUCUGUAAACAGUAUGCAACAGUUAUGUGCACUUGAAAACAAUUUGUACAUCAAUAACUCAAAGUAAAGUAGCAUUGUUUUCAGCUCCUCACCUCUGGUCUCCUUAGCAUGGAGAACAGACUCAGCCCUCAUCUGAUGUUAGCUCUGCUCUGACGAGGCCCAGUAGUUUAUUAGCCUAUUGUUAUUCCCUGUCCAUAAUCCGGGAUAAAACACCUCCCUCAUUUGUUGUGAAUUGUUAGAUACUACUGCACUGUGGGAGCUAGGAACACAAGCAUUUCGCUACACCGGCAAUAUCAACUGCUAAAUAUGUGUAUGUGACCAAUAACAUUUGAUUUGAAUUGAUGAUUUAGAGGACACACACACAUACAGUGCCGUGAUAAAGUGUUUGCCCCCUUUCUGAUUUUCUCAAUUUAUGCAUGUUUUUGAUGCUGAAUGUCGUCAGAUCUUCGGCCAAGGCCUAAUAUUAGAUGAAGGUAACCUGAGUUUACAAAUAACAACAACAAUGUAUACUUUUUUUAUUUAUGUAAUUAACAAUGUUGUACAACACCCAAUUCUCCUGUGUGAAAAGUAAUUGCCCCCUUACACUCAAUAACUGGUUGUGCCACCUUUAGCUGCAAUUACUGCAACCAAAUGCUUCCUGUAGUUGUUGAUCAGUCUCUCACAUCGCUGUGGAGGAAUUUUGGCCCACUCUUGCAUGCAGAACUGCUUUAACUCAGCGACAUUUGUGGGUUUCCAAGCAUGAACUGCUAAUUUCAAGUCCUGCCACAAAAUCUCAAUUGGGAUUAGGUCUGGACUUUGACUAGGCCAUUCCAAAACUUCAGAUUUGUUUGUUUUUUAGCAAUUUUCAUGUAGACUUGAUUAUGUGUUUUGGAUCAUUGUAUUGCUGCAUGACUCAGCUUCGCUUCAGCUUCAGCUCACAGAUGGAUGGCCUGACAUUCUCCUGUAGAAUUAUCUGAUACAGAGCAGAAUUCAUGGUUCCUUUUAUUAAGGCAAGUAGAGGCAGCAAAGCAUAUCCAAACCAUCACACCACCACCACCAUGCUUGACUGUUGGUAUGAGGUUCUUACUGUGGAAUGCAGUGUUUAGAUAUCGGCAGACAUAAUGGGACGCAUCUCAUCCAAAAAGUUGACUCAAGUUUGCCAAAAAGCACCUGGAAGCACCUGGAUGAUCAUCAAGACUCUUGGAAGAAUGUUAUAUGGACAAAUGAGUCAAAAGUAUAACUGUUUGGACGACAUGUGUAAGGGGGCAAUUUCUUUUUCACACAGGGGCAUUGGGUGUUGCAUAAAUGUUGUUUAUGAAAUAGAUCAAAUAAGUAUGUAAUUGUUGUGUUAUUUGUUCACUCAGGUUCCCUUUGCCUAAUAUUGGGUUUUGGUUGAAGAUCUGAUGACAUUCGGUAUCAAAAGUGUACAGGGUGGAGAGGAUUAGAAAGGGGGCAAAUACUUUUUCACAGCACUGUACACACCGUACACACACACACACACACACGGCAGGUAGAGGGCUGCAGUCAUUAGGUGUGUGCGUGGCUUACCCAGACAAACCAGAUGCCUCAGGAUGGCCAGGGGUCAUCUCUCUCUCUACCAGAACAUGCUGUUGAUGUCCUUGGUUCUCACUCUCUCUCUCUCUCUCUCUCUCUCUCUCUCUCUCUCUCUCUCUCUCUCUCUCUCUCUCUCUCUCUCUCUCUCUCUCUCAUUGGUGCUCAGUACUGAAGAACCUGUCAGUUAUCAGGAAGGAGACAGGGGAGUUGUCUGUGGCCCUAGUCUUAAUGCCUGAGGGGGUGCUACGUGUGGAGGAUAGUUAGUGCCGGCUGUAGCCACCUCAGUUUGCAGGUGAACACGUUCUCAUUUUGUGAGACUUAACUGUGUUUGAAUCACGGCUCCUGUGGGGAAAUAUGAUGACUUUCUAUGAUAGAAUGUGCAGUGCUAAAUGCAGCAAAAUGCGUAAUAUCUGUACUCUGAGCAACUCUGUGGUAGAACCCUGUAAAACACACACAACCUAACCUCAGUAUAUGCUCUCUUUCAACAUUAUUGACUACUUUUCUAGGUUGGAGUAUCAGAGUGAGCUGUCUUUCCCGUCUCUCUGCAGUGAGCACCUACGGCUUGAGGAUUGUUUACCUGGCAUGGUGCCUGUAGCUACCCUCCUGUAGAGAGAGCCACUGUGUUUGUGGAGUGUUUGUGUGUGUGUUUGUGUAUGUGUGGGUCGGUGGGUGUGUACCUCCGAGUGGAGUGGUCUAAGGCACUGCAUCCAGUGUUGUGCCACUAAGAUCCUGGUUCGUAUCCAGGCUCUGCUUAGCCGGCGCACCGGGAGACAUGGGCGGCGCACAAUUGCCCAUGUCCAGGUAGGGAGGAUGGCCGAGGGAGGUAGCUCUUGGUAGAGCAUGGCGUUGCACGCCGGUGUGGGUCGAUUGGGGGCCCUUGAAAAAACUCUGCACUAACUGUAGUCGCUCUGGAUAAGAGCGUCUGCUAAAUGACGUAAUGAAUAAUGUGACACUUAGAUUGCACACAGGUGGACUUUAUUUAACAAAUUAUGUGACUUCUGAAGGUAAUUGGUUGCACCAGAUCUUAUUUAGGGGCUUCAUAGCAAAGGGGGUGAAUACAUAUGCACACACCACUUUUCCGUCAUUUAUUUUGUAGAAUGUUUUGAAACAAGUAAUUUUUUCAUUUCACUUCACCAAUUUGGACUAUUUUGUGUAUGUCCAUUACAUGAAAUCACAAAAUCAAAUCCAUUUAAAUUACAGGUUGUAAUGCAACAAAAUAGGAAAAAUGCCAAGGGGGAUGAAUACUUUUGCAAGGCACUGUAUUUCAAUUGUGGUCCUCUUGAAACAAGAUGGCUAGGCAAGAUCGAACACGGUUGAACACAUUAUGACAACGAGAUAAUAAAACUAAAAACAAAGAAGAAGAACAUCUAUCUCAUCAUUGCAGUUACAUCAUAGGUGUCAUUGAUAUGGGCACAGAAGACAUCAAACAGUUCUUUACUUAAUUUUUAAAGCUGCCCAGAGAGGACAUCGUUUUUAUGGGCGGAGGCAACUCAUUCCACUCUGAGGCUCCAGUAUACAAGAAAGUACCUUUUCCAGCUUUACUCCUGAACCUGUAUAAGCACACAUUAGCAACACCUUCUCUGGUGCUGUGAUUGUGUGCAUUCCUAACACGGGGAAAGUAAUCAGUCAGAUAUCUGGCCGCAGAACCAUAAAUACUCCUGUAAACCAAACCCAGUCUAAUCUGGGACACCCUAGCCUCAACAGGCAGCCAGUUGAGUUCCUGAAAGCAGCUCCUGCCUAUGUGAGUAUGUGGACUCACCUUCAAUACUACCCUGAUCAGCUUAUUCUGGGCUAUCUGGAGCUUCCCCUUCCUUAGCUUAGAUAAGCCCCCAAACCAGGAAGUACUAGUGUAGUCAAAAUGUCAUUGAAUGAGGGCAGUGGCUAGCACUUUCAUGGAGUCCUUAUCAAGCAGCUUGGACUUUCUAAACAAAAACUUAGUCCUGGCAUGAACCUUCCCUAGCACUUUAGUGGCCAUGCUCACACCUCCCAAGCUUCCAUCAAGGAUGCAUCCCAGGUAGCUAACAGAGGUUUUUGUAGUCAGCACCUCACCCCCUAACUCCACUCUGAUUUCAGAGGACCUACUCAAUUUAGGUCUGGAUCCAAAAAUAAUUGCCUCAGUUUUACCUAAGUGCAGAGAUAGCUUAUUAUCUCCAAGCCAUUUGCUAAUGUUAGUAAGCUCUGUGCUAAGUAUGCUCUCCAACAUAGUUUUACUUUUGUGAGACGCCAGAAGUGUAGAGUCAUCCACAUAAAGGAAAAUACGGCAAGAACAAGCAUCUUUCAUAUCGUUAAUAUACAGUAUAAACAGUAGAGGCCCAAGCACACUCCCCUGCGGAACGACACAACUCAUUGGUUUUGCCUGAGACAGUGAACCAUUAACCUCUACUACUUGCUCCCUACCUGAUAAAUAGGACUUUACCCAGCCUAGAGGGAUACUGCUUAACCACAGUGCCUCCAGUUUGGAGAUUAGGAGACAGUGAUUAACUGUCAAAGGCCUUCUGUAGGUCAAUCAAUCUCUUUCCUGAUGAAGUCAGUCAAGUAAAGUAGACAUGAAUCAGUGGAGUAUGUCUUUCUAAAACCCGACUGAAAAUCAUACAUUAGACUUUGUUUGUUGACAUAUUCAUAAAUUUGCUAAUGUACAACUCUCUCCAGGAUCUUUGAUGUUAUACUGAGGAUAGACACAGGCCGAUAAUUCCCAGGGUCAGACUUUAUCCCCUUCUUAUACAGAGGUAUAACUUUAGUGUGUUUCAUGUCCCUGGGAAAGAUGCCUUGUUCAAGAGAGAGAUUAACGAUAUGUGUAACACAAGGGGUAAUUUGCUCAGCAGAAUCUAUAAGAAACCUUGCAGGAAUAUUAUCCAGUUUUGAUAAACUGAUGUAGAGAGCUUCACUGCCCUUUGAUGAUAUACUGAAAAACUCUCUCUCUCUCCCUGUCAGAGAAUCCUGACGCGGAUGUCCAGCAGCAGGUCCUGUUACAGGGUCCUCGACCAUUCCCUGGGCCUGAACGUCCUAGUCCAUCUGGUACGUACGUCCACCUAUCAUUGUCUGCUGUUCAACAAUUAUUAUGUACUGUUCAACAUGUAUUAUCUACUAUUCAACAUCUACAUCCACUGUCCUGUUCUUUUGUCACAUUAACAGAAGUAUUCCAUUUAAAUGUGAGUGGAGUUUCUAUUUUGUGUUCCAGAGCCAGAGACAGAGCCCACAGAACCUGGCCCCCUAGGUAAGAAACAUAGGGAAAGAGAGAGAGGAAGGGAAGGCCCGUUAAAGUGGUUGAUGGGAUGACUGACUUUGAGUUGAAGUAUUAUUGCGAUAUCGAUAUGUAUUUUCUUGCAUGGCUCACUUGUUUCGUGUUGUGUAGAUUGCAGAGAGGAGCAGUACCCCUGCACCAGACUCUACUCAAUUCACAAGCCAUGCAAACAGUGUCUGAAUAGCCUCUGUUUCUACAGGUAUGCUACUGCACCUUAAAGCUGUUACCAUGAGGGUAUUGAAAGUGGAUUUAUAAAGUGUUCAAUAUCACACUGUAACCCCGUGCCUUUCUCCUCAGCUUGCAAAGGGUGUAUGUGAUCAACAAGGAGGUGUGUGUCAGGACCGUGUGUGCGCAUGAAGAGCUUCUAAGAGGUGAGGUUAGCGUACAUGUGUGUGCCUAAUAUUCUUGUUUAUGGUGCACAACCCACUGUCCCUAAUAAAGAAAUGCACGAACACACACACACACACCCACACACAGACACACUCAGACGUGGACAGUACAGGAGCAAACUUGUAACCCUUCUCUCUCUUUCUCCUUGUAGCUGACAUGUGCCGUGACCAGUUCUCUCGUUGUGGUGUAGCUGCAGUGAGUGGCCAGUGUGGGUCACUGGGUAGCAGCUGUGGGAAGAGCUGUGGAGGCUGUUGA